UUCGUAUGAAAUUAGUUUGAAUAUAAAAAUUACGACGAAACUUCAAUUCGUGGUUCCUUUGUUUGACCAGAUAAACACGUGACCACCUGAGGCAUCUGUUUACCAAGCUGACGCUAGGAAGGAGUAACUUAAACCUAAUAAUACUAUUUAUAAAACACCGUUCAUAUCUCACACGAAAAACCUUAUUUUUAGUAAAGUUACGUCCGUAUUCACAAAUUCCGUGAAAACAACACAGAUCAGAAUUCACCACAUUUUUUGGUACAAUUACAUUACAUUACAUUACAUUACACCAAAUUUCAUUAGAAAACAACACAAAUACGUUCAAGGUUGCGCUUAUUACAACUAAAUAACCACAUAAAUAUAACAUUCAGACGCAACGCACGAAACACGUUCUGACAUUUUUAUUUCGUGAAAACACUUUCACAAAAUGAUAACGACAAAUUUAUUAAAGAAUGUUACGUCCAAAACACCAAAACUCUUCAUGUCCACGAGUGCCGAAAGUAUCGCAUUUGAGAAAAAACUUGAACAUUACAGAAAUUUGAAUGCUGCGGAUACAGCAGACACAAAGCCACCUGGAUGGGAUGAAGCCAAACCAUUUAAGAGCAUUCCGGGUCCUAGGUCCUUCCCUCUCGUUGGAAAUAUCUGGAGGCUAAUGUUACCGUUAUUCCGAGGGCAAGACAUUCUAGAAGUUCACAAAGGUUUAUAUAAAGAAUUUGGCGACAUUUUUGUUCUCAAAGGCAUGGCGGGUUCUUGGAUUAAAGAAAUAGUUACAUUGUACAACCCGAAAGAUUUUGAAACGUUAGCUAGAAAUGAAGGUGUGUGGCCUAUAAGAAAAAACCAACCAUCACUGGAUUAUUACCAAAAAAUACGAACAAACCUGUUUUCUGGUAUAGCACUUGUUGGACAACAAAGAGAGGACUGGUUUAAAUUUCGUACUAUAGUAAACCCGAUUAUGAUGCAACCGAAAAAUAUUGCCCAAUAUACUGAUAAAAUGAACCUUGUGGCAGACGAGCUUGUCGAAAAUAUAAAAUAUCUCGCCACGCAAAAUAAAGAUGGGGAAAUGCCCAGCGACUUUAAAAACGAAUUGUAUAAAUGGGCGUUGGAAUCUGUUGCUGUUGUGACAUUAGACACACAUUUAGGUUGCUUGAAACAGGGCUUAAAACCUGAUGCUGAACCCGAAAAAAUGAUAUACAGUGCCACACAAUUUUUUGACUUGAUGUACAAGCUUGACAUUUUACCAUCUGUGUGGAAGCUGGUUAGUACAAAAGACUGGAAAAAAUUUGUGGGAGUUCUUGAUUUCAUGAUUCAGACCAACAUAAAGUACAUUAAUCGUGCUUUAGACAAACUGGAGAAGGAAGAAGUAGACACGGAAAACGAAAUAAAAAGUGUACUGCAGCAGUUGUUAAAAAAGGACAGAAAAGUUGCCAUUUCCAUGGCUAUAAGUAUGAUGGUGGCUGGCAUAGAUACCACGGGACGAGUUUUAGGCGCUGGUUUAUAUUUCCUAGCAAAAAAUCCCGAUAAACAAAUUAAACUCAGGGAGGAAGCCAUAAGUCUACUGAAAACCAAAGAAACCCCUAUAACAAAAGAAGUUCUAGCGAAAGCUCCGUACUUACGAGCCGUUGUCAAAGAAGUUACUCGCUUAGCACCUAUAGGUAUCGGAAAUUUUAGAACAACAGUCAAAGAUAUAAUUCUAGGGGGCUACCAAAUACCAAAAGGGACGGAUGUUCUAACGUCUAAUUUGAUUCUUUGUUCAAUGGAUGAACAUUAUCCAAAAGCUAAAGAAUUUUUGCCCGAACGCUGGCUUACCACAACCUCUCCUGAACUUUCGCACAAAAGUGCUAAUCCCUUUGUGUUUGCACCAUUUGGACAUGGUUCCCGGAGUUGUAUUGGAAGGAGGUUAGCUAAUCUGGAGUUACACGUAGCGUUCUUGAAAAUGAUUCGCAAUUUUGAUAUGAGAUGGGAGCACGAAGAUAUGACGUUUGCCACGACUACGCUGUAUGGGAUAGCUAAACCACUAAAACUUCGCGUGAAGCCUUUAGAUCAGUGAAGAUUGCUGUCGAAGCGUGCUGAAUUUGGUAACGUGUAAGAACUAAUAAUACAACAAAGAAUUAUUUUUUGAAGUGUAUAUUUUUGUACAGUGUGAUUUCACCUAUUCACUAUUGUAAAAGAAAAGUUACAAUAUUUUUAUAAAAUUAGAAUUGUAUCAUCCAAAAAUAAAUUUUUCUUCAGUGUA